AUGUUGUCAUGCAAGGACAUAGACGAGGCAUUGCAGAAGAAGCACCAGGACAUGCUCCAACGCCUCUCUGCUCGUCACCAAUCUCUUAAACCCGAUUCACCUGACUCUUCCUCUUCGACCUCCUCCUUCCUCGCCAGAUUCGCCGAUUCCAAGCGGUCAGUCGAUUCUCGAAUCGCCGCAGAGUCACGACUCGCUUCUUCAGCAUCAGCGGAUACGUCCAAGCUCAAAUCGGAUCUAGCGGAGAUUUCCUCGGCGAUUGACGAUCUCGAGAAGCUCCUCGCUGAGAACUCCUAUUUCCUUCCUUCCUACGAAGUCCGGUCGUCUCUUAAAGCCGUAUCAGAUCUCAAGCAGAUUCUCGAUACCCUCUCCACCGAGUUAGUCCCGAAGAAGAAGUUCUCGUUCAAGAGCAAAUCCACUUCCAGAAAGCCGCCGGAGAUCCAGAAACUCAGUGUCGUUUCACCUCCGAAACUACCCGUCCGCGUCGGCGAUUCUCCCGGAUUUAGGAACAAACAUGGAGAGACUCUGGUGAAAAGCUUCAGAGGCUCGUCGUCGAUCGGAGAAUUCAGACUCUCAGAUCUCGACACGUGUCCGGUGAUCGGUUCGAUUCUGAUCGACGACGUGGAAGAUUGCGUUCUGGUUCUGGCCUCGCAUCAGAUCAGAAUCCAUUGCGCGAGGAAGAGUGAUUUCUACCUGAGAGUAAGGAGCCGUCCCAUAGUCGAAGACUGCAACGGUGUCAGAUUCGCGCCUUACUGUUUGGAUUAUGAAGGGAUCGAGCAAGAUUUGAGGACGGCGGGUUUGGAGGUGGAAACGGGGAAAUGGUCAAAUGUGGAUGAUUUCUUGUGGCUGAGAGCCGUACAGUCUCCUAACUGGUCCGUUUUACCGGAAGAAGAAAGACUUUCUUCGGUUUUCAUUUCCUGCGACGGAGAUUCUUAG